GUUGACAGAACGAGCUGGCUGAAGGAGAAACCUGACAGUAGAGAUAUUCAUGUACUCGAAGAUGUAUCUACUCGUAAUAGUGGCUUUACUUUUCAGCUGUCUUGAAAAUGGGGCCUCGCAGACCACAACCGUUGCAUCUCGGCUGGCCAAAGACCCGAAUAAAGAUUUGGAAGAUGUACUUGCAAGCAAGGUGCAUCACCGAGUCGUCUCCCAGUACAUCGCGAAGUUCACGCAGGCACUUGUGAAGUACUGCCCGGAAAGCGUCAACUACCACUGGUGGGACGUCAUGGCAAUGUGGCGGAGAAUGUCCAAGCGAGAUGCACCAUCUAGCGACCAACUAAUGCUGGAGUCGGGGGUCUCUGCUCUGAGAGAAUUAGUUUCCAUUUAUGAAAAUUGUACUGUUAAAGGGUUUCGGAAUAUGACAUUCACAAAUCUCGGUGCGACGGGACGACUUGGGCCGACUUCAGUUGGUAAACAUUACGACGGCCAGGACCAUCAGGGCAAGGUGACCUUAGUGAACGGGACACAGCUCUUUACCAUCCCUGUCUCCGGUCUCUACCGGAUCCAUGCCGCUGGCGCUGCAGGGGGAUGUGACAAUGGUAGAUGUCAUGACCGCAGUCACGGCGCUGUUGUAGCUGGGACGUUCAAUUUAAAAUCAGGUCGUCAACUUAAAAUCCUGGUUGGUCAGAUGGGAGGACAGCACAGGUACCAAUCAAGUGGCGGCGGCGGUGGGACGUUCGUCACAUAUGCUGAUAAUGAUCCGUUGAUCGUGGCUGGUGGCGGCGGCGGGAUAGAAAAACUUAAUCAAGGGCAGGCUGUGUGCAGCGGCACGGCGCGUAACGAUGGCAACCGUGGAUUUGGAGGGCAAGCUUGGCCGGGUGGUCGUAACGGACAGGGUGCUUCGACAGCUGACUCCGGCAAUUCAGGUGGAGGAGGGGGCGGUCUUCUAACGGACGGGAGGAGCAGUGCCAAAUACGGCGGGUCCGGGAAUGGGGGCGAAGGCGGAAAGGCGUUUGUGAACGGCGGUGCAGGAGGAAGAACCAAAUUCUGGCCGGAUCCACAGUACAACACCGCGAACGGUGGGUUCGGGGGCGGGGGCGGGGCCUACGGAAAUGGCGGAGGAGCGGGCGGAGGGGGAGGCUACUCUGGCGGGGCUAGUGGGGACAACGUCAGUAAUUCCUGCGGAGGGGGAGGAGGCUCCUACAACGCUGGGACAGACCAGACGGGCAACGACGGGGAGAAUGAGGGACACGGAUACGUCGUGCUUACCAGACUGGAAUGAUUUGAGUGCAAGCAGCAGCCACUAGGACCUACAUGUAUCUACUGGUACACUGAUCACGUUAUUGAUAUGUUUAUUAUGACUGCCAGUACUGUUCAAAAGUAGUAGGACAAUACAGACCAGAGGAAAGUAUUCUAGCGCGCAGAGGUGUAACAAUAAAUUUGGGCGCCGGAUUACGUAACUUUUCCACUUCCAAAAUACCCUGUGAUUGUUCUGCCUUAACGGUAUGAUAACUGCAAUAGAAGAUGUGUAGCUUUUUACAGAGACAAGUAGAAACCCCUAAAACGAUACGAUCCGAGCGCAGAUAAUGAAUUUUGAGUGUUUACUUUAAAAAUAAAAUUGAUAUUUUACAGGUAAGUAGAGACUGCACAAAACAACUGUAAACAUACCUCAUAGAUAAGCAAAGAAGACAUAGAAUGUAACAAGGGCAUCGACAAAAAAUAAAAUGAAGAAAUGAAGUCAAUAAAAAGAUGACAUUAAAGAUAACAUGAAAUCAAACUGUAAUGGAAGACGAUAUGGGAAAUGGAACUGGUGUACCGUAAAUGUAUCAAUCUAUCUAUCUUUCUGUCUACCUGUACAUCAUAUAUAUCUUAUGUAUUUAAAGCAACUCGUGUUGCAGCAAGGAGUAGGUCUAAUCAACUCCUUCGCUGAAGUGAACAUCAUCAUUAUCUUGUAAUGCUGACAACCGCCCAUCAUUAAAUAAACAACACACUGAUAUA